AUGAGCUCUAGCUCGCGCGACAGUGAGAUGGAGAUGACUCUCUGUGACGUCGUUUGCGGGACGCAAAGCCAGGAGGGGCCGCCUGGAGCCGUGAGCCCGCAGAGAGUCGAGCUGCGCGCGACACAGGUUGGAGGCGACACGCAUCCGAAGUCGCAGCGCCUGGAACCGUCUCCCUCGAGCGCCCUCCCUGGGAGCUCGUGCGGGCUCCACGUGCAGGCGGUGUCGACGGGCGGCGUCUCCGACCUGCGGCUCGCCGUGGAGCUUCGCAACGGCAUGCCGGGCACCCCGAGCAGCGGGCAGGGCGCCGCUCCUUCGUCCGACGAUCGUCUUGUCGACCCUUGGGAGAAGGACUUCAAGAUGGAACUGGAGGGGUACUGCGUGCCUCCGGUCACCACGGGCUCCCCGGACGCGGCCGUCCCGGUGCCGCCGGUGCCCGCACUGCUGUUCAGUGCGAAGGACCCGCCCUCAAGUCUGCACGUGUCCGCGGGAAGUGCUCCCCUCGCGUCGUCGGGCCCCGGGGACGCGGUGCCGUCGACCAGAGCGCCGGCGUUCCGCUUCCGAGCACCGCGGAGCCUGGAUGCCUCGCCAUCGCCGGGUGCGCGUGGGGGCCUGUGCUACGACCCGCGCCAGUGGCAGAUGCGACCCCGGGCGCGACCCUCGGCCGCGGCGGAGCAGUCGAACGGCGGCCCGUCGGUUCACAGCGGCGUCGCUGCGCCCGGGUCGACGGACGCGGUCGGCCCGCCGGCGCUCGAGGCCAGCCCGCUGCCCAUCAAGCACCUAUCCUUCGGGGACGCCGGGGGGGCGUCGUCCGCGGCGUCCGCCGGGAAGGCUGCGGCCAGCGGCCACGUCGAGCAGCUCCUCUCGCCCGGCGUGCCGCCAGGGGCAUCGCACCCGCAGGACGCGCACGGUGGGAGUCAUACAGCGCAAGCGUCGGUGCAGCAGUCCCGGGCAGAGCACGUCGCCGUGCCAGAACAGAACGGGGUCGAGGGAGCCUCCAAGGGCUGGAAGCAGCCAGUUCAGCCGGCGUCAGGACUCGGCGUCGCCGGGCCGGCGGCUCUGCCCCCUGCCCAGCACGCCGCACAUCCUGCGCCCGACCGCUUCGCCGGACCGCAGGCCCAGCCACCCGCGGCGGUCGCCCCCGCGCGCGUGGACGUCGCUGCGCCGUGCGGUCCCGUCCGUCGCCCCGACGCCGUGACUCCGUCGCCGAUGGACGAGGACCCGGAGUACCUGUUGUCGCCGGGCCUCGCGCCCGUGGUCGCAGCGCCCGAGCCCGCACGGCCGCCCGGCCACGCGACGGAGGGCCCAGCUAACGUGCCGAGGCCGCGGCGGCCGUGGAAGACGACCCUGAGCCCGAGCCCCCAGCCCCGGCAGAAGGUGCUGGGGCCCGUCCCGUGGAGGCCGGAGACCAUGCCCGGCGCGGGCGCGGGCGCGGGCGCGGGCGCGGGCGCGGGCGCGGGCGAGACACCUGUGCCUUCUGGUCAGUACCACAUGGACACGCAGACGCAGCGUCCCGUGAGCGACGAGGAGAUGAAGAUGACAGAGACACAGCGACGGCUGGACACGUAUCUCGCGGCGCAGACGUGCCAGGGGUUCAAGAUGUUCCGCGAAGGGCACCUGCUGUACCACUGGCAGGCGGCGGCUCUGCAGCGACCAGGCGUCACGGCCUUGUUGCGUGACGGGCGAGGCCCUCCGAGGAGCUUGGUGUACUGCGCACCCACGUCAGGGGGCAAGUCGUUGGUGGCGGACAUCCUGUGCCUCAGGAGGGUCACCGACGCACAGAAGCCAGUCAUGAUUGUCCUGCCGUUCGUCGCCCUGUGCGAACAGAAGGUCGCGGAGCUGGAGCAGAUGUUCAGCACGCUCAAAGACCAGGGGCUGCCGACGGAGGUCCGUCGCCACUUCGGAGCAUACGGUUCGCGCAAGCUGGUCGACGAGAACACGGCGGCCAUCGUGUGCACGAUAGAGAAGGCCAAUGUCAUCGUCAAUCGGAUGUUCGAGACGGACGGUAACCCACAGGACGACGACGCGCCGACGAUAGACCAGUUCUCGGCGGUGGUCGUGGACGAGCUCCACAUGGUCUCGGACAAGGACCGGGGCUGGCUGCUGGAGCUGAUGCUGACCAAGCUGCGCUACAUGGCCGACCUGCGCAAGAGCGAGGCGUCUGCCAGCAACACCGGGCUGCAGAUCAUUGGCAUGUCGGCCACGUUGCCCAAUCCAGGGAUGCUGGCGCGCUGGCUGGACGCCGAGCUGUUCACGACCGAGUACCGGCCUGUGCGGCUGCGCACCUUCUUGGUCGAGCAGCAGCAGCAGCUCGGUCAGAACACCUGGGUAGUCCACGAGGACGGCAGCAGGGAGAAACGGGUCCGGGAGCUCUCGGUCAAUCCUGGACCCCAAGGCUCGAAAAUCACGCACGACCACUGGGCCGAAAGACUAGUCGUUCAGCUUGCGAGAGAAACGGUGAACCAGGGCGGCUCGGUGCUGGUGUUCUGUCCUUCGAAGGCCAAGUGCGUCACUUUCGCGCGGAAGCUGCACGCGGAAAUCGCCAUCGAGGAGAAGCUGCGGGACAACAUCCCGCAGGAGCAAAGGCUGUCCCGGCAGCAGGUCAUCAACGAGCUACAACAGGGCGCCGUUGGAGUCCAGCAGCAGGCUGGGAAGGUCGUUCCUGCGCUCAUUGAGGUGGUGUCUGGCGGCGUUGCGUUCCAUAACGCGGAGCUCUCCGUCCCCGAGCGGGUCGCCGUCGAGCAGGGGUACAAGUCCGGGGCCAUUCAGAUUCUGUGCGCGACGUCAACGGUGGCUGCGGGCGUCAACCUCCCGGCCCGCCGGGUCAUCUUCGCGUUCCCCUACAUCGGCAGGAAAGAUACCCCGCUCGAUCCGCUCAGGUACCGUCAGAUGGCUGGGCGAGCUGGUCGAGCCGGCCUGGACAGUGUCGGGGAGGCCUACCUGCUGGCCACCGGGGGGGUGACUGCGGAGCAGUGCCGCAGGAUCAUGCAAGGCGAGGACCUGGCAGUCAAGUCGUGUCUGCACCAGGACGAGAGGGGCCUCAAGCGGUGCAUGCUGGACCUUGUCGGCUCCCUGCAAUCCACCGCUGCAGCGCGCAGCGCGCGCGAGGUCGACAUGUUUCUGAAGUGCACCCUGCUGAACCAGAUUGUGGAGUUCAGCACCCUCAAACAGCAGGCGCUGCAGACGCUGAAUACGAUCGGCGGCGAGGACCCGGAGACAAAGCUAUUGACGAUGAGCGGGGACGGUGCGUCGUGGCAGCCGACAGAACUUGGGCGGGCACUAUUUGCAACAGGGUGCGACGUCGAGGUCGGCGUUGCGAACUACAAGGAGCUGCUCAGGGCUCGCAAGGGACUCAACCUCUCGACGGACCUCCACUUGGCCUUUCUCUGCACGCACUAUGAGGCGAUGAAGAACGCAACGAUGUCAACCGAGGCACAGGAAAUCGCAACGUAUGUCAUCACCAAGUACCACGCAAGGAGGGAGUCUGUCGAAGCGGACGUCGCCAACAAAGUCGGUGUCAACCAAGCACUCGCAAACAGGAUUGGUAACGGCAUGACGAACAUGUUCACGGCAUAUCCCAACGACCCGAAGAAACAACUCGAUGCCAAUCGGGCGCGGAGGCUGUACUGGGCAUCCGUCCUCCUCGAUCUCAUUCAAGAGAUGCCGCACAAGGACGUGCUGAGAAAAUAUAGCAUCAUGCCUGACAACUUGACAACCCUGCAGGAAAAUGCUGCCAUGUGGUCCGAGCUACAGGCCAAGUUCUGCGAGCGCCUGGGCUGGCAGGAGAUGGCUGCUAUGAUCUCGACCUUUGGGAAGCGAGCGCUGCACGGCGCCAGGUCGGACAUCAUCGCUUUGAUGGAGAUCACUGGGGUUCAGAAAGCGCGAGCGCGUUUGCUGCACACGAGCGGCCUGAGGACCGUCGAGCAGGUGGCACGAGCUGAAAUCGACACCAUCGCUCAGGUGCUGAGGUCCGGGCAAGUCUCGGGCCAGAAGUCUGCGUCUGGCGAAGCGGAGGCGGAAGCGUAUAAACGUCAGGCAAAGUGGAUCCGGGCAAGCGCGAAAAAGAUCUGCAGGGAGAGGGUCGCCGAGAUCCGAGCGCAGGUCAACGCCCUCGAAUCGGCGUGCGAACGCGACAACGGGUCGGACCAACUGCAGGAACACGGGCAGAUUGCGCACGCGCCGAAGCGUUCUGCCGCGGGGCCGAGCGAGCAGCCGCCCCCGAAGCGCGUGCGCACAGACUACUCACAGCAUGUUGAGUUGGGCCUCAACAACUCUCAGCGCUUCGUGAACAGCAAGGAGACGACCGUGAAGACACGGGCGCGGACGGAGAACCCUUCGCCUCAUUCCGUCGGUGGCGUGCCUCCCGCAGGCGACGCUAGUGCGUUUCCAGUUCCACAGAGCAGAGCAGGCGUCUCGAUGCCUCCGCCGAUCCCCGGGGGGGCAGGCGGCAGGGUUGUACGCCAGGGCAGGGUUCACCCCCACAUGCAGGGGGUGUUUCAAGUGUCUUCGGUUGACGACAUCAAAGAGAUGCUGGCUGUCUUUAGGGGGUCAAAGAAUGCCUUCGUUUCCUUCGCCACCAACGAAGCGGCAAGCCGGAGGAGGGAGAUCGACGCGGCGAUUUUGCCUCCGCAAUGCGGUGUGCCGGGCAAGGAGCGAGCGCGCACGCCUGACAAGGCGGUGGUGCACGGGCCAUGCGACGCGUGCUUCUCCCAGGCCGGCAUCAGAGGCGUAGCGGUGAGGUUUGGCACGAAGGAGGACGCGAAGGCACCCAAGGCACCCAUAUUCUGGGUGCCUCUCACGGGGGAGGGCGCGCUCGCGCGUUUCGCUGCUCUGCGCGACCUUUUGGAGAAGUUCACGCGGCUGGUGUUCUACGACGCCCAGGCACAAGCACGAGCGCUGCUGAACGCGAGGUCAUACUUUGAGGCGCAGUGCGGGGCGGAGGCGGCUGCAGACGCAGCCACGUGGCAGUGGAGCGACGAGGUGGCAAUCGCUGACGUCAAGGUCGGCAUCUGGAUGAUCAAGCCCCACACGACGGCAAGGCCGGCACAGAAAGGCGGUCUCGCAGGCCGAGCCAUCAAGACGACGUUCAGGGAGGUGAUGAAAAAGGGCCUGAAAGGAGCUCCACCUCAUCCGGCGGACGUGAACCCGAGCAGAAGCCUCCAGUGCAUCACCUUGGAGCGCAAGCCUGCAGGUCUGGACGCUGUUGCCGUCGAGGCUUGUCAGGAUGCCAUGUUCCUGCCGCUCGCUUUCGAUCAAGUGGAGAGGGAGCUGAAAGCCAUGGGCAUGCUGGAAGCGUUCUACGACACGGAGAUGCCGCUCCCCAAGAUUCUGGCUGGCAUGGAGCACCGGGGCGUGUUGCUGGACAUGAACUACCUGCAGAGCAUGAAGAACGCCGUCGCGCGCAAGCUCGAGGUUCUGCCUAGGGAGAUCCAGGAGCUGCUCGCAGAGUGCAUCGAGCCGUGCCCGGACGUGGAGGACCUUGAGGACAUUCUGACGAGCAGCAAGGAGACGUCCGACUUGGUGUACGAGACCCUCGCCAUCCCAGUGCCACCCAUCGCCCGAAUGUCGAAGAGAAAGCCGGAGCCGUCCACCAACAAGGCAGCCCUGGACGCCAUCCUGAACGGUCCGAUCGGGGAGACCCUGUCGCCCGAGAAACGGAAGGUCCUCGAGGGCAUCCGGCUGUACCGAAGCCUGAGCAAGCACAAGGAUGACGUCUUCAAGGAACUCAUCCGGGCCCCCUCAGGCCGGAUUCACGACGCUGCGGAACCGCGCGAGGGGUGCUUCCGCGUCAACUCCCGCAUCUUCCAGACCGCCCACGAGAACGGCCGCCUCACCACGGAGGACCCCAACUUGCAGUGCAUGACCAAGGCCCUGCCCGCGUUCGUCCUGGACGGCGCUGAGGUCAAGUUGUCUCCUCGGGAUGUCAUCAUCGCACCCGAGGGGUACUGCCUCAUGUCCGUCGACUACGCACAGCUCGAGCUGCGCCUGAUGGCACACUUCAGCCAGAGCGACGCGCUCAUCGACGUGUUCGCCCACGGCGAAGACCCCUUCCGGAACCUGGCGGCGGUGUGGAGAGGGAUCCCCGUCGCGGACGUGGGGAGGGAGGCGCGGGCGGAGGCCAAGCAGCUCAUGUACGCGGCGCUGUACGGCAUGGGCUGCAAAAUGUUCGCGUUGAAGCUGGGGAUCACGAUCGAGGCCGCCGAGGAAAAGCAGCACGCCCUCGCCGAGAAGUUCACAGGGCUCUUCAAGUACAAGGAAGAGGUUAAGAAGAGGCUGGAUACGGCGCGUCAGACCAGGACCAUAAGUGGGCGGGUCCGCGAGUUUGAUGCCUCGGCGAGGAACUUGAAGAACGUGGCGUUCAACGCGAUCUUCCAGGGAUCCGCGGCCGACAUCGCGAAGCUCGCGAUGCGCAAGCUGCACACGAGGCUCUCGGACGGCACGGAUGACGGGCGGAUCAUUCUGCAGAUCCACGAUGAGCUCCUGCUCGAGGUGCGCGAAUCAAAGAUCGACAAGAUCGAAGGACUCGUUCGCGAGUCCAUGGAAGGGGCUGCCAAGCUCUACAGGGACUUGCCCUUGCCCGUCAACAUCAGGGUGGGGCCGUCAUGGGCAAAGCUCACGCAGCGCAAGUCUGGCGGUGGCGACGAGGACGAGGACGAGGGCGACCGGGAAGGGGACGACGACGAGGAGGACGACGAGGACCAGCAAGGCACCCUCGGCAGCCUUGCGUCUGCGUGA